AUACAUUAACAACACUUGAAUGAGUGUUGACAAUAGAUUUGUCAUUGAAUUGUAUAGCGUUUGACAUUUGAAUCAAUGAAUGCAUUGUUUUGUUACUGUAUUAUGCAUUCAACUGAUGAGUCAGUGAUUCAUACAAACAAUGGUUGACAACAAAGAGUUAAGACUUAUCUGUCGAUUGAUAGCUUUGGUACGACAGGACAGAUAUCAACCACAAGGUAUGGAUCUAUUGGACAUUAAUCUCGAGUAUCAUCACAUGUAUGGACAGUAUGUGACUCCCAAUGACUUUGACUGCAAAUCAAUGUACGAAUUGUGUCGCUCUUUGGACAAGAAGUCGAUGUAUUCGUUGUCUGUGACCGAAGUCCAACACAAUGGCUACCAAACAGAUCGUCUUCUGUUUGAUGAAAAAGCUUACGACAAAUGGAUUAAUGAUUUGAAAUGUUUGUCCAAAUUAGAGUCGUUAGAGACAGUGGUUGAGCCAGUUGUGGCACAAGAUGUAGGAUCACAGGUGACAAUCAAUUGGUCCAUCUGUACGGAACCUAUUAUGGCCAUCAAAGACGUAGAAAAUCUUUAUUGUUUUUCUGCUAAAAUAACAUACAUUUCAUCGCCGUCUGAGUUUUAUAUACAUCUGAAAAAUAAUAAACAGUCUUAUAUUGAUUUGCGGCGAUCUAUGCGUUGCUAUGAAUCAAAUAAUUGUCAAUAUUUUGUGCCUAAAGAGCUGUUAGUUAUCGGCUAUUUGGUGGCCGUUAAGAAUCCAAUGGAUUGGGAUGUUUGGCAUCGGGCGGUAAUUCGUUAUAUCAAUGAAGAUGUCAUUACGCUAUACGCCAUUGAUUUCGGUAAUAUUAUUGUCGAAAGUAGAAGUGAGUUACGUCUGCUUAAGGAAUCGAUGCUUUUAUACCCCGUUCUGGCCAUUAAAGUGUCAUUGAGUGGAAUUGCGCCGUUAAAUGGCAAAUAUUGGUCAUCCGAUGCCAUCGAUUAUUUGCAAUCAUUAAAAAAGACAUUUAAUGAUGAAUGCGAUUGGAAUUGUAUAUUCAUUGAUGGCUUGUAUUAUAAUUAUUAUUCAGUAGUAUUUGUCAAAAUGGUUUCGACGACCAUUGAGGACAACACAAUGCAAUUACCCGUAUAUUUGCACGAAAAUUUCAUACGAAAAUCAUUGGCCCGAAUGAUAUCGUUUUGUUGGCAUCAAUACUACUAUGAAAUGUCACGAGAUAUGACUACUGGUGGCCAUGACUUUCCCGAACCAUUACAUGUUGUCAAACGAAUGCCUGGCAUUUAUGCUAUCAAAUCUCCUCCGAUAGCGUUGUCCGAAACCAAUAUGUGGCCAAUGAUUCUACCGAAAAGUCAAUCAUCAGAACAAAUAGAUUUCAAUGACGUUCAAUCAAAUAGUGACAACAAUAGCGAUGAUUAUGAUUACUCAAACUUUUACUUGACAUCGUAUCCAUCGAUUGAAGUUAAAGUUAAGUCUUAUUUUGAAAAAUUUGAUGACUUUCCGUAUGUGGAGCGCAGUUAUUUCACAGAUGGCCACUUUCAAGUCCAGUUACCUUAUUAUGAGCGCAAGUAUUUUAUUCAAUGCCUAUAACACAUAUAACUAUUGCACCCAAAUAUGUCACGAAUUGAUGUUAUAUUUCUCAGGA